UGUUGUUAUUCAACAGACCAGGUUGCUGUAUUUUCAAGCAGUCAUUUAUAAAUAUUUAUAAGAAAUAACAUCAUGUGGUGCCUAAAGACGUUGACACAGCUCUGCAAAAAUAGUCUUACAUCAGCUGCCAACACAAACUACACCUGCAUUGCCGGGCUAAAAUAUUUCCCACCUCCAAUUAAAUAUGAAAAUAUUGAGAAGGUGGAGCGACCAAAGCUCCGUAUUAUGGAACGCCAGCCACAGCAUCCUCCGAACUUGCGUCCACCAAAAAUGCAGAAGAGACUACGUUACAUGCGUGGUCCCGAGCUAGUACACAAUGAACUGCUCCAUAAACAGUAUGCCAUUGUUGCAACGGGCGGCGGACGCUUGCGUUGGGGUCACUAUGAAAUGAUGCGUCUAACCAUUGGUCGUAAGAUGAACAUCAACACAAUGUUUGCCACCUGGCGUGUUCCAGCGCCCUGGCAGCCAAUUACCAAGAAGGGUCAGGGCCAGCGCAUGGGCGGCGGCAAAGGUGCCAUUGACCACUAUGUAACGCCCAUCAAGGCGGGACGUGUCAUUGUGGAAAUUGCUGGCAAGUGCGAAUUCGUUGAAUGCAAGGGAUUCCUCCAGCAGGUCGCCAAUCAACUGCCCUUCCAAGCUACCGUUGUAUCCCAGCAGAUGCUUGACGAGCAGAAGUUGGAUGAAGAGCGCCUGGCACGUCAGAACCAAAAUCCGUUCACUAUGAAAUAUGUCAUACAAAAUAAUCUAAAUGGUUGCCAUCGUUGGCUAAAGCCAGUGGACCACAAGUGGUUCGGCAAGCAUUUGUAGUUUACACAUAUAUAAUUCAAAUAA